GGAAUCCUGUCAAUUUUUUGGCUUCAAAACGUUGAAUGGGAAAGAGCGUUAAUUUGGAGUCCAUUAUAUCUACUGUCAAUGACCAGUCAGCACAGGCGCUAACGGGAAUACGAGACGAGACUGGUGUGUGGUGAUGAUUGCGGUGUCUGAGCUGUGGGAGUACUCAGUGCAGCCCCAGGCCUUUCGCAUCCUCAAACCAUGGUGGGACGUCCUGCAGGAGAUGCUGGCCUUCACCAUGAUGACCAUCGCCGUUUUCGGAGUCACCGUGCAGAUUAUGGAAGAAAGAAUGUUCUGCCUACCGCAGCGGAACACGACUCAGAAAUGUAGUAGGGUGUAUAAAGAGAUUCACUUCUAUCCGAACCUCACUGAGGACGGCGUGGUCAACAACAUGGACCUCAUCCAGUACAAGUUCAUCAACCAGCUCUGCUACCAGGUUGCUCUGCACUGGUUCCCCAAGUGCUUCCCCCACCUGGCCCUCAUCCACACCGUAUUCUUCAUGAUGUGCAGCAACUUCUGGUUCAAGUUCCCCAGGUCCAGCUCCAGAAUCGAGCACUUCACCUCCAUCCUGGCCAAGUGCUUCGAGUCGCCGUGGACGACGCAGGCCUUAUCGGAGUUGGUGGAGGUGGACACGGGAGUGGUGACCGUCCUGGACAAGAAGGAGUGCGAACAGGCCAAGGCGCUGCUGGAGCGCAUUAAGAAGUUCCGUCAGCAUGUGGAGGAAGGAGACGUGCUGUUCAUGACCUACAUGCUGCAGACCCUGGUCAAACUGCUCACCAGCUGCUUCAUCACCACCUAUGUUGGAGUGCUCGUACACAAGGUUCAGCCGACGGAUAGCUGCACUGUGGAGGCCCAUGACAUCACGGGCUACAGCCACUUCUGCUGCAUCUACACCAUGGCCUACCUAUUCUCCCUCCUCAUCUACAGCUACCUCUUCUGCAUCCUGCUCUACUGCAUCAGCUGCCUCUACACCACAUUCUGGCUCUUUUAUAGAGUGAAGGUGCGCGAGUACUCUUUCGACUAUCUGCGGCGUGAGUCGGGCGUGAGUGACAUCCCCGACCUGAAGAAUGACUUUGCCUUCAUGCUGCACCUGAUCGACCAGUACGACCCACUCUACUCCACGCGCUUCGCCAUAUUCCUCUCCAAAGCCAGCGAGAACAGACUGCAACAGCUGAACCUCAACCACGCCUGGCCCACCAGCAAGCUGCGGGAGCGCCUGCAGACCAACAGCAGUGAGCGGUUGGAGCUGCACCUCUUCAUGCUACUAGGGCUGCCCGACACCGUCUUCGAGCUGUACGAGCUGCAGUCCCUCAAGCUGGAGAUGAUUGUGAACGCAGAGCUGCCCUCCACCCUGGAGCUGCUGACGGAGCUCGAGGAGCUCAACCUCAACCGCAGCUCCCUCAAGGUCAACAGUGCAGCGCUGAAAUUCCUCAAGGCUCGCCUCAAGGUACUGCGCGUGCGGUUCCUGGAGGCCGCCGAGCUUCCCCAUUGGCUGUACGUGCUGGCGAACCUGGAGGAGCUGCACCUGACUGGCUCGCUGAGCCCCAGCGCAUCCCGGAGCGUGGCCCUAGAGUCGCUACGGGACCUGUACUCCCUCAAAUCGCUGACGCUCAACAGCAACCUGAGCAAGCUGCCGCAGGCCGUGACCGACGUGGCGCCGCAAAUGCAGUACCUGUGUAUCCAUAACGACGGCACACACCUGGUCAUGCUCAACGGACUGAAGAAGAUGGGCAACCUCACCGAGGUGGAGCUGUUGAAUUGCGGUCUGGAGUGCAUCCCCCAUGCCAUAUUCAGCCUGCUUAACCUGCAGAAACUGGACCUGCGAGAUAACAAGCUAAACUCUGUACACGAGAUCGUCAGCUUUCAGAACCUGCCCAGGUUCACGUGCCUGAAGCUGUGGCAUAACAACAUCGCCCAGAUCCCCGAGGACAUCCGCAAGCUGGCCAGCCUGGAGAGUCUCUACUUCUCCCAUAACCGCAUCACCAGCCUGCCCAUACAGCUCUUCCAGUGCAGCCGCCUCAGCUACCUGGACCUCUCCCACAACAAGGUGUCGGUGGUGCCCCCGGAGAUCAGGCAGCUGCAGGGGAGCCUCCAGUACCUCUCUCUGGCCUACAACCAGCUCCAGGAGCUGCCCGACGAGCUCUUCGCCCUCCGCAAGCUCUGCACACUCAAGCUCAGCAACAACAUGCUGUCCACACUCUCACCUAGGGUCUCCAACCUGACCCUCCUGAAGUGUCUGGAGUUGAAGGGGAACCACUUCCUGUGUCUGCCCGCCGAUCUGGGAGCCUGCCCCUUGCUCAAGCAGGCCGGACUGGUGGUGGAGAGCUCCCUGUUCGAGACCCUCCCAUUGGACGUCAAGGAGCGAAUGAGAACAGCCAAUGGGCAUGACUGACGGUUCAACGGGCCAAUGAGGCAGAAACACAGAUAUCCCGGCAGAUAUCACGUGUCUUGAUAUCACGACAGGGCUGGUCCUAAGGGUGGCACCAGGGAGAGGGCAGCACCAUUGCGAAACUCCGCCCCAAGCACGUCGCGAAAAUCUCUAAUUAGCGCUGCUAACAUGUUAUUUACACAAUUAAAAUAUUAUUGCAAUAAUAACUUGA